AUGUCAAAUUUCUGGGCGGUUCUAUUGAUUUUCGGGAUUCUCGUCGUGAGUUUUUUCUACAGUACUCUACAGUACCCAAAAUUUUUGCAGCUCAAAUGGUCCCAUCAAAAAUGCCGCCAAGACUGCGGCCCCGUGCGCUUCGAGACCCGCAACUACACUCUAGUCGACAAAAAUGGCCGGAAAUGUCGCGGUUCGAUUGAUCUAGCCAUUUGUGAUGGAUGUUGUGAAUCCAGUGAGGUACUGUAGGUUUUUUGGCGCCAAAAAAAAAUGCCACGUGUCAUUUUGCAGCUCGGCUCUCACGUCUUCCCCUACAAUGUGCAAAUGAGCACCGCGUGUUUUUUGGUGGAGACCUCGCAGAAGACUGUGCAAUUCACCGAUUGUGAUUGGCUUGCGGAACACGGCAUCCGGAAUGUCCGCAUUCCGCAUGGCGAAAAAUGCGAGUGUCGAGAGAUUCCCAGUCGAUUUUAUUGA